AUGACAAACAUUGAAGAGAUUAUUGAAUUGUAUGCAGAAAUACCUAGUUUUCAUGAAGAUUAUAAAUAUCUUCUCAAUAAACUACCUCCAUCAUUAAUAAAUGAUGCAUGGAAGCGUCUUAUAACCAGAAAAAGAAAUAGUUUAACAAAAAUUGAGGCUAGUUAUAUAAAUUCUGAUAUUGAAUCAUUUUUAAGACAUGAGAUUGAAAGAUAUAAUAGACAAAAAUUGCGAUCUUCUAAAGGUAUAUAUAUUUAUAGUAUGGAUAAUGGAGUACAAACAGAAGAAAUUAAUUUUAUAGAUAAAGCAAUACAAACUGAUUCUUUGGAUAAAGCAACUCAAACUGAGAAUAUUAAUUUUUCAGAACAAAUUAAAAAGCAUUCUAUAACUUUUCAUGAAAAUUAUUCAAAUCUUCUUACUCAACUACCACCUUCAUUAAUAAAAGCUGGAUGGAUUCGGCUUACAACUCAAAAAAAAAAUCCAUUAUCAGAAAGUGAAGCUAGUAGUAUUAGCCCUAUUAUAGAGGCAUUUUUAAAACAUGAAGUUGAUAGAUAUCAAAGAAAUAAAAAACCUCGAUAUAAUCCUACAAUAGAAGUAGAGACAGAGUCUCAUUGUAUAGUAAUACCAGUUUCAAAACCUGAAAAGACAAAAUUCGAAGAAGAGACAAAAUCUCGAAUCUCUGAUUCUUCCUCUAAUAUUGCUCCAUUAUACUCUGAAGAAGAGGUUAAUGCUAGAAUCAAAGAAGCUAAAGAUAAUUUACGUCAAGAACUUAUUAAAUCUACUGAGGAAACUUUAAAAUCUAUUAAGCAACAGAAAGAUAUAGAAUGCAAUCAAAUUAAGAUAGAUAUGAAUAAUAGAGCUAAAAAUUUAUUUGAGAUUACAUUAAAAAAAUAUAUCUGA